GCUCCCCGAAACUGUGACCACGCCCCCUACACACCGGAGCACCCGGCUGCUGCGCGGAGCGGGGCUGUUGAUGCCACAGCUGUGAUCACACGCCACAGAGGCGCGCCAAGAGACGGACUGCACAGGCUCCACCACCAGCCACUCUCACGACCCACCAAGCCACCACUUGCUGUAGUGCAAUUCUCAGGAUCAGGUUUAGGCAGGCUGUGGACCAGUCUUUGGGGAUACAGUAACUGCUGUGUGAUUGGCGGUUUGUCUGAUACACCAGAGAGAAACAAGAUAAGGAGAAGAACAUACUAGAGGAACCUUGGAUAAUCUGGAGAACAUCCUGCUUUACACAGAGACCAUGAUAACGCUAACAGAACGCUAAAGGAAACCUAAUGGAAUGCUGAGUGAGGUCAUGUAGCUGCCCUCUGACACCCCUGCAUGUGACUACGCCUUCUGUGUCACCUCGGCUUUUCUAAUUGGCUGGUUUGGAGAGCGACGGACCAAUGGAGAAGAGUGCUGAGGAGCUGAACCUCUCGUUCCUGCUGGAGCAUGAGCGAGAGAUGAUCCUCGGAGUCCUGCAGAAGGACGAGAAACUAAGGAAACUAGAGGAGAAGAGGAUACGGAAGCUGAAGAAUGAGCUGGUGGAGAUCAGGCGUAAGGGUUCGCGGCGCCCCCAAGAGGUUGGGGAGCGUCAAUGCGCCCGUUGCCUGAAGGGCCUGGGCCUGAUUUUCGACCGCGGGGAGCUCUGUGAGCAGUGUCUACAGCGUGUCUGCAGCGACUGUCGCGUGAUGGCCCCUAAAGCAAAGCAUUGGAAGUGCUCCAUCUGUGCCAAAGUCUUGGAGCUGAAGGUGGUGACCGGGGAGUGGUUCCUAGAGGAGCGGUCCAAGCGGUUUGACAAGGGGACAGUGCUCAGCAGUGAUGUGGUCAAACAGUCUAUCAUGAGCAGCCCCGCAGGAAGCCCCCACAGGAAGUCCCCAGUGCCAGCUGACUCACCUGAGAGGCCUGACACCCCAAAAUCAGGAAGAAGUGCCGUGAGGAACCUGGUGGAUGGUGCCAAGAGGAAAGGGAAAGGGAUAUUGAUGGAUAAGAAGGGCAGCCGUCCCAGCCUGAAGCCAGAGAACGGGGUGCAGGGUGGGAGUGUGUGUGCUCCUGUCCCCGACACAGACACACACAGCGUACGCAGUGCCCGGUCUGCACCACGCUCCACAACCCGCUCAGCGCCUCACUCACAUAGGGGCAGUGUUGUGGCUCUGGAGUCUUCAGGGAUACGUACUGUACCUAACAACCUGCGCUCCCAAACCCUGGAGAGGGACAGGUCCCCUACACCCAGCAGCAAGAGCAGGAGGGUCAGGCCGGACGGAGCGGAGAGCGUGGCUAGUUUCCACUCCAGCGACAGCGUGUUUGACAAGAUGUCCGACACCGUCACCGGGCUUGGCUGGACAGGGUCUGAUACCGCCCCACCCACCAUUGCUGUCUCCAGGGCCUCUGUUUCAUCAGAUCGUAGUCGUUCUGAGGUGGACCUGUCUGUUCCUGGUUCUGCCAGUGAUGAGGCCCUCAGCCUGAGGAGCCGCUCCGUUCCUGGGCUCAAUGACACGGAGUUUGAUGAUAAUGAUAAAGACGAAGACAUCGAUGCUCUGAUGUCGGCACACAGCAAGGCCGCCAGCCGACGCAUGAGCUGCGCUGUGUCUACGUCUUCUACUCCCGGCUCAGAGAGAAAAUGGGGCUACCUCAGUGUUCCUGGCGACUCAGACGCAGAAACUAGCAGUCUGAACAGUAUGAUGAGUAUGUACAGUGAGACUGGUGACUAUGGCAACGCCAACGUGAGUGGCGAGCUGCUGUUGAACAUCAGCUACAGCUAUAAGACAGGCGCUCUUAACGUCCUGGUGAAGGAGUGUCGCAACCUGGCCACCGGGGAUGAGAAGAGGCAACGCACAGAUGCCUAUGUGAAGGCCUACCUCCUCCCAGACAAGUCUCGCCAGAGCAAGAGGAAGACCAGCAUCAAGACCAACACAAUCAACCCUGUAUUCAACGAGAACCUUAGGUAUGUGAUCAGCCACUCCCAGUUGGAGACACGAACGCUGCAGCUGUCUGUGUGGCACCAUGACCGCUUCGGACACAACAGCUUCCUGGGGGAGGUGGAGCUGAGCUUUGACUCCUGGGAGUUUGACAGCAACACGGAGGAGUGGUACUCUCUGCAGCCCAAGCUGGACAGUAGUAUGGACUCCACGCUCCAGUAUAAAGGGGAGCUGACCGUGGUUCUGAAGUACAUCCCUGCAGAGAAGAACCUCAUGCUACCCCUGGACCAAGUCCAAGUGAAGAAAGGCUUUCUGAAAGGAAAGAAGACCAGCAUCAAGCUGCCUCAAGGAGGUAUGGUGGAACUGCUGGUCAAGGAGGCCAAGAACCUGACCUCUGUCAAGUCUGGAGGCACUUCAGACCCCUUUGUGAAAGGGUACCUGCUCCCUGACAACAGUAAGUCCACCAAGCACAAGACGGUGGUGGUGCGUCGCUCGGUCAACCCCCAGUGGAACCACACCUUCACCUACUGUGGCCUGCAGGCCGGAGACCUGAACAACGUGUGUCUGGAGCUCACCGUCUGGGACAAGGAGGCUCUGGCCAGCAAUGUCUUCCUGGGGGGAGUCCGACUCAACGGAGGGACAGGCCAGAGCUAUGGGAACGAGGUGGACUGGAUGGACUCGUACGGAGAGGAACAGCGGCUAUGGCAACGCAUGAUUGACAACCCGGAGGUCCCCCAGGAGUGUACACUGAUGCUGAGAUCCAGCAUGUGCAAGCACAACACAUGAUAUGGAGGGAGGGAGGGAAAGAAGGACAAAAUAAAAAGGGACAGAGAGCGGUGGCAGAAAAGGGAGAAACAGUGGAUGAAAGGGGAGGGGGGGAGAGAGAAAAGAGAAGAAAAGAAAGAGAAGGACAUUGGUUGACAGUGCUCCAUGUCCAAGCUCUAUCCCGCAAUACAGAGCUGAUGACAUCACUCCACUUCCUGACCCUUGAACCCUAACCUCUGAGCUACCCUGAUCCUGCACUGGGGUUCAUAGUCCUCUACCUGGUAAAGAGGUAAACCAGUCAUGCCUUACACACACAUGGCCAUACCCAGCCAAGACCAAGCACUGCUGCUACUACUACUACUACUACUACUACUACUACUACUACUGUACAUUAUGACAUGUACAGGUAACUGCUAAAAUAAUGGAAACACUUGAGUAAAUGAGAGAUACAAAGUAUAUAUCCCUCCAAUAGAGUUCCAGACACUCAUAGAAGGUGGUAGCCCAACGCCCUAUUAAGACACUUUAUGUUGGUGUUUCCUUUAUUUUAGCAGUUACAUAUAUGUAACAUAAUGAACAAGCACAUUGUCAUUUGUAUGAUCUGAUCUGACUAUGCACAAUGCUCUCCUCUCCCUGUGUUGAGACUACUUGAGGUAUAAGUUGUUCUUAACCCCAGAUCUAGGAUCAGAUUGCUCUGACCUGCUCUUAACCAUAACCAUUUAGGGGGAAGAUAAUGUAUCUGACCCCGCAUCAGUGGCUCAGGGUAGCUUUUACCUAGGCUUUGACUCAAUCAGAACCUGCGUUGGCAGACAUCCGCUUAGCGGAUGUUUUGUUUCGUGUCCACAAUAAGCUAACGCAUGGAGCCACUUGUGGAUUUUCAGCUCUAACGCAGUUACACUUCAGACACCGCCAAAACAAACGAUAUGGGGAUCUAAUAGAAUCUAGUCCCUUCUCUCAUAAGGUAACUUCUCCAAAGGCACUUAGGGGUUGAUGCAUGCUGAGUAGAUUUAAACAUUCCCAAAGUAUACUGUAAAAUGGUAAUAAGGGUGUGUUCAAGAUUGCAUUGUUUAAUGCAAUAAUGUUAUUAUGCAACAUUUUUGAACUGAUAAACCCCAGUUUCAAAGUGUUGCAAAAUUGCAUUGUAACUAAUCCUGAACACACCAAUGGUUUUACUGUAGUUUUGAUAAAGCACACAUUACGAGUAGAGUGGCACAAAUAGCCACUUCAUAAACAGAUGUUUUGGACCUCAUUUUGGGUGGAAACAGUUAAGGCAGAAAUCUAACCAGAGAUCCAGCAGCACCAAAUCGCUGAUAGAAAUGUAUUGUGUCAAGUGUGGAAUAGAGAGUCAAGGGGGCAGUUAUAUCUGCAACACAGGAAACAUUUUGCCCCAGGAGCCUUGGGGAGAUGGGAGAAGGAUUGCAUGUUCCAGAGUGAACCCAUGUCCAGGCCACCCUCUCAGUCAUAGGGAGAACUCUAUUGCAUAGUCCUCCCGUCUUCUCUCCUCGCCUCCUUCUAAAAACCCACUGGAGGAGAAAGUCAGAGGGGAGGGACCUUUGGCUUUUUAAUCCAAUGGGUUUUGAGAAGAGAGGACGUGAGGAGAAUGUAAUUGAAAUUCUCUCUAUGACUCAUUGAAUAGAACACAUCCGUCAGCCUGUCUGUCGCUGUAGCCCAGGCCACUGUGACCUGUCUGUCCCUACGACCUCAUUGGAUGAGUAAUAGCACUUCUAGUAUCCCCCCAUUAGUGGUUCUGAAGUCUUGGCAUGCACCUCAAAUGGCACCCUGUUCCCUAUUGGGGUGGCAGGGUAGCCUAGUGGUUAGGUUCCUAGGCCGUCAUUGAAAAUAAGAAUUUGUUCUUAACUGACUUGCCUGGUAAAAUAAAAUAAAAAAUAAAUAUGGGUGAUUCUACAGAAGUGGUGUAAAUUGGGGGUUGGGAAAAAAAAUCACAUUUGUAUCCUAUUUUUCCUAAACUGUCAGCACACAUCUCAUAUGCCAGAUAGACAUAUCUAAUACUCACACACUGUUUGUAUUAAUACUCACACACUGUUUGUAUUAAUACUCACACACUGUUUGUAUUUCAAAUUUGAAGUAUUGUCCUGAAUUUCUUACCAGGAAAAAAAUGUGUCACGACCGAAACAUACUGAAAUAGUAUAAAUACAUGGAGAAACAUGCUCAUUAUUGAUCAUUUGGAUUAACCUUCUAUUAAUGUUUUAUUUGCAUACAAAAUGGUCAAAAUAAUAAAAACAUGAUUUUUAA